GUCCGUUCACCGUACAGACUCACAGAGAGCCUCUUCCAGAGCCGGUGCAACGAUGUCCGACGACGAGCAGCAAGAGCAGACCAUCGCCGAGGACUUGGUCGUGACCAAGUACAAGAUGGGCGGUGACAUUGCCAACCAGGCGUUGAGGGCGGUCAUCGAGGCAGCCAAACCAGGAGUAUCAGUUCUCAGCCUCUGCCAGAAAGGAGACGCUUUCAUCAUGGCAGAGACUGGGAAGAUCUUUAAACGGGAAAAGGACAUGAAGAAAGGUAUUGCGUUCCCCACCUGUGUGUCAGUCAAUAACUGUGUCUGCCACUUCUCUCCCCUGAAGAGCGACCCCGACUACAUGCUGAAAGAUGGAGAUUUGGUCAAAAUUGAUUUAGGAGUUCAUGUUGACGGCUUCAUCUCUAAUGUGGCCCAUAGCUUUGUUAUUGGAGCUACUAAGGAAGCACCUGUGACAGGAAGGAAAGCUGACGUCAUCAAAGCAGCACACCUAUGUGCAGAAGCAGCGCUGCGUCUUGUUAAACCAGGCAACCAGAACACUCAAGUAACCGAGGCCUGGAACAAGAUUGCCCACUCAUUCAAGUGCAAUCCAAUUGAGGGUAUGCUGUCCCAUCAACUAAAGCAACAUGUGAUUGAUGGAGAGAAAACCAUCAUCCAGAAUCCUACAGAUCAACAAAAGAAGGACCAUGAGAAGGCAGAGUUUGAGGUUCAUGAAGUGUAUGCUGUAGAUGUGCUGAUCAGCUCAGGAGAGGGGAAGGCUAGAGAUGGAGGCCAGAGGACAACCAUCUACAAAAGAGACCCCAGCAAGCAGUAUGGGCUGAAGAUGAAGACCUCUAGAAUGUUCUUCAGUGAGGUGGAGAGACGCUUCGAUGCCAUGCCCUUCACUCUCAGGGCGUUUGAGGAUGAAGGAAAAGCUCGUCUUGGAGUGGUGGAGUGUGCCAAACACGAGCUCCUGCAGCCUUUCAGUGUGCUCAAUGAGAAAGAAGGUGAAUUUGUGGCUCAGUUUAAGUUUACAGUGCUACUGAUGGCCAAUGGGCCUUUGAGAAUCACCAGUGGACCACUUGAAGCAGAACUCUACAAGUCUGAACAUGACGUUCAAGAUCCUGAACUGAAGUCUCUGAUCCAGAGUUCUGCAAGUCGUAAAGCACAGAAGAAGAAGAAAAAGAAGGCCUCCAAAACUGCAGAGACUGCAACAGGCCAACCAGCUGAGAAUGAAGUUGCAGCCAAAUAGAGGCAACUCAAGCCUCUCAAGACCCCCACCCCCACCCCUGACGAGCAAAAA